GAGAGAGAGAGAGAGAGGGAGAAGAGUGCGGCUGAAUGUGAACGACAUGUCGACAGUCAGCCUCUAAAGUGUUUUCUCGGUCGUUCUCUAAUUCUUUGGCGGCGGACUGAGUGAGUAUUACCCGCAUCCCUGCUCUGCUAAGCGUCGCUGUGUGGAUCAGAGAGGCUGGUGAGGAGAGACAGACAAUGAGGAAUGCAAUUGGAUUGCGUUGGUCUGCCAAGGAUUUUCAUACAUAGCCUGUGCGGUGAAGGCCUGAUGCCGGGCUGUAGCCGCAGGCUGUUGAGCUGAGAGGGAGAAGCAGGAGGAUGCAGUGGGUCACUCUGGCGGUGGCCCUGGGGUGUGCGCGUCUCUCCCAGGCGUCGCACACCCCCACCCCUACCCCCACCUCCACACACACCCCUCUCGUGGACAACUCCGAGGAAGAAGUGGACGAGCCGUGCUUCGAGCCGUGCACGUGCGAGGUCAAAGAAGGUGUGCUGCACGUGCACUGCGAUGGGCGGGGCUUCACAAAUGCCAGCCAGGUGUCACAGUCAUGGGUCCGCCCUUUCAAACUCAACCUCCAGAGGAACUCUCUAAGGCGUCUCUAUAGCAACGGGUUUCAGCACCUUGGCAACGCAGUGUCGAUAAACCUUGGCAACAAUGCUCUCCAGGACAUCCGAGUGGGAGCCUUCCAUGGGCUCGCCAAACUGAGACGUCUGUACCUCCACGAGAACAAGCUGGAGGUUUUCAGAAAUGACACCUUCGCCGGCUUAGAGGCUCUGGAAUACCUCCAGGCCGACUACAACGUGAUCAAACGAAUUGACAGCGGUGCUCUGAGGUUCCUCUACAAGCUCCGUGUUCUCAUCCUGAAUGACAACCUCAUCCCUAACUUGCCUCCUCAUCUGUUCAGAUCCGUGUCUCUGACUCAUCUGGACCUGCGGGGAAACCGUCUGAAGAGCCUGGCAUAUGCUGGGACCCUGGAGUACGUUGGCCGCUCCCUGAUGGAGAUACAGCUGGAGGAGAAUCCCUGGAACUGCGGUUGCGAGGCAGUGCAGCUACAGCAGUGGCUGGGUCAGAUUCCCUACACAGCGGUAGUCGGGGAUGUUACAUGCGAGUAUCCCUUCCACCUUCACGGUAAAGACCUGAGGGAAAUCCCCCGCAAAGAACUGUGUGCCGACCUGCCAGAUAAAGAGCUGCAAGCAGUGGGGAGUGGUCCAUCAGCAGGAUCACAACCCCAGCAUUUGCCCCCUAACGCUAAACACCAACCUGGGCGAGUCAGACCAACUAAACCCUCGUCUAUGGUGCACGGCUCCCGCCAGAACACACAUACCUCCUCCACUUCGUCAUCCUCUUCCUCUGCAGAGCGUAAAGACAGGGAGAGGCAUCCAAGGCCGACUAAAAGGCCUCGACCCUCCAGAACAUCCCCCACGCCACGCAGUCUGAUGCCCAACCAGAAUCCACCGGUGGCUGGUUACCAAACACGGCCCCCUAUUCCCAUCAUCUGUCCCCUGGGCUGCACUUGCAACCUGCACAUAACUGACCUGGGUCUCACCGUCAACUGCAAAGAGAAUGGCUUCCUCAAUGUGUCCCAGCUCACACCUCGGCCUCUCAACGGCCGCAAGCUCUACCUGAGUGGAAAUUUAAUACAGAGGAUCUACCGCACAGACUUCUGGAAUUUCUCCAGCCUCGACAUGCUUCACCUGGGGAACAACCGCAUCUCGUACCUUCAGGAGGGCGCCUUUUCCAGCCUGACGAGCCUGAGGAGCCUCUACCUGAACGGAAACAAUCUGGAGAGGCUGAGCCCCCACAUGUUUCUAGGAUUGCAGAAUCUAAGGUACCUUUACUUUGAGUACAAUGAGAUCCGUGAAGUCGAUCCCGGCACUUUCGACUCCAUGCCAUCCCUCCAGUUAUUGUUCCUUAAUGCCAACCUGCUGCGGAGUCUCCCUCUUGGUGUAUUCUCCAGAGUCAAUCUAGCCCGCCUAAACCUUCGAAACAAUCACCUGCUACAGCUUCCAAUGGAGGGCGUGCUUGAACACCUCACCGGACUGGUACAGGUGGACCUGCAGCAGAACCCAUGGGAGUGCAACUGUGAAGCUGCUCCACUGAAGCGUUGGCUGGAGGGGCUCAGCGCUGUGGUUGUGAUGGGAGAGGUGGUGUGCCAUUCCCCGGAUAAGACCAAAGGUGUAGACCUGCGAUCCCUCUCCAUGGAGCUGCUCUGCCCUGAGCUGGAGCCUCAAGAGGACCAGGAGCAGGAGGAGCAGACGGCCACCUCCACGGCCGCAGACAGAGGCGUAUCGGUUGACUACCCCAGCUCAGGCGUCGGUCCCCUUCCGGGGAAGGAUUCAAUCCCUCUGUCGGUCUUAGUGCUCAGCCUGCUUGUUUUGUUUGUCUCUGCUUUUUUUGCGGCUGCGGCACUAAUCGCCUACGCCCUGAGGAGGAGAGACAAGCUGCCGUUCCGCCGCCAGGGAGAGGUGGAUUUGGCCGGCAUCCAGAUGGAGUGCGGGAUCUUCACUGAGCAGACGCACCACCAUCAUCAUCAUCACCACGGCCUCCCAGAGACGCCACCUUUACCUCCGCCUGAGCACAACCACGUCUACGACACCAUUCUGCCCCCAGAGGCCGCCGUUAAAGGCCCUAACCCUGCGGCGGCAUCGCACAUGUGUAGCAACCCCAUCUACAAAGAUGAGCAGGAUGCAGCGGUGAAACAGCGGCCGCAGCAGCAGCAGCAACAGACGUUUGCAGCUUCGAAAGAGUGCGAGGGGGGUUACUGCUCUGCAGCAGAGAAGGAGAGGGAGUGGGCUCUGGAGGUGUCCUCGUCACCCAUCAACACUGUUACAGGAGCCAUGGGACCACUCGCUGGCCUCCACGGGAACGGCAUCCUGUGCCCCACAGUAAUCGACAGCCAGGGCCCCACUCCUAAAGUGGAGCUGGUGGACUGCCUCUUCAGACUCCCAACCCCGGAGUUCAGAGAUUUGCCAGAUAGGUAUGUGAGGCCCCCGCCCCGCUACCCCCACCCCCAAGACUCCACACAGGACACAAGACCCGACCAAACGCUCGUGGUCACCACCACCACGAGCUCCACUCCAGGUGGUAGCAGUCAGAGCGAACAGGGAGCUGGAGAGCAGAGAGCCAGACUGAGGACCACACCAGACUACAUGGAGGUGCUAGACCGCUCUUACCAGUUUUAAUGCGCCUCCUCUUUCUCCCCCUCCUCAUCCUCCUCCUCCUCUUCCUGCUACCCAUCUUCUCUUGUCUCUUCAUCAUCUCCCUCUCUGGUGGUGAAUCAUCCAGUAACAAUGACUUCUGUACAGAGGUUGGCUUUGAGAGGAGCCUGUGGGGGAGCGGGACUACACUACACGCUAUGUUUAUUCCUGGAUAACGAGCUGAGGUCACUUUUUGUAUUUUCCCCACUACUGGCAUAUAGGUUGGUUUUUUGGCAAGGAGUAGCUGAUCACAGAUCUCUGCCUGGAGGCAAAACUUCAGCUGCAGCUACUACAGUAUCUUUUUCUUUUUUUUUAAAGUACUGAGGCUCGGCUUUUCUACUCGGCGCCACAAUUAGCGGGAGACGGCAUGGUGGUGGUGGUAGUGGGCGUUGAUGCUCAUAAUAUUGCUCUCAAAAGACCUGCGUGGAGGUGAAACACACCAGCUCUUCAAAGCAUCAUCAAACACAGAGUCGUGAACUGUGACAGCCUCGAAGUUUAGAGCGAGCUGGGUGGACACGUUAGGAUGGAGACCAGACAGAGAAAAGCAAGAAGAAGAGAAGUAACUGAAAACAGCCAAGUGCCUUAGCAAUGAACAGCCAGCAGUGUGGUCAAUGCUUAUUUUUCUAUGAAUACAGAUCUAUUUAUCUAAACAAAGAGGUUUGACUACCAAUGGAUGGGACGCUGAUGGACGACUGAGACUAAUCAAAAACCCGCCGAGUAAUUGCAUUCCCCUGGAUGAGCCAAAAAUAAUAAUAUACCCAGUCAAUAUUGGAGUUGUUUGUAUGCAGUUCUGUUCAUUUUCAUCAUCUCAUCCAGUUAACUUAAUUUGCUUAACCGGUUGAUUUUUUUUACAGGGCUACGAUGAUGGACAUAUCCAGGAAUAGUCGUUUGCUGUGUGAAAUUAUAAAAAGGUUCUGGUUUUAUGGAAAAAAUAAGGAUACAGAUUUUUUUUUCUUUGGUUUGUUUGACUGAAGGACAAAACAAAGGAAAUUACAGAAGGACAUUAAGGCAAUGGAAGCAUCUUGGAUUUCUUAAUCAGCCAGACUUAAUGGGGCCACGAGGACCUCUGCUGCACAUUUUCAUUUUCAUCGGACACAGGCACAGAGGUUAUUGUAUUGAUUUUUAAGUAUUUCUCAGAGGAAAAUUGAAUGGCAAAAAAAGAUAAAUGGACAAAAAAAACAGGACGUAAAAAAGGCAUUUUUUGUCUAAAAAAGAAAAAAAACAAAAGAGACAGACACUUCUAUCAACUAUCGAUUAUUAUCUUUUACAGAGGUACCUUUUUAUGCUUUCAUCUCUUACCAAUAGUAGAGGCAGUUGUGAAUAUAUUUAUUCUUAGUUUUCGCGUGUUGAAGCUCUCCUGUAAGGGAUCAUGUUAUAUUAAUGUAUAGGAUGGUUCUGCAUCUGGUUCAGCCUUCUUACCGCCGACCCACGAAAUACAAUAAA